CAUACUCUAGCCACGAACCCUCCUCAAUCCUCUCUCGCCUGGCCCGGUACCACAAAAUUGUAUCCGCAUUGGAGCUCUUCUACUUUUCUCUUAUUCUUCUUUAGCAUUCGUGGGAGGAUCACGCGACAGCCUCACUCGCCUCUGCAGCUGACCAAUCUGGAAGCCAUCCGCGCCUCAAGGUCCAUCCAUUCUGUUUGAGCUACUGGCCAUGAGCGCUUGAUGUUAUUUACGAGUCACAUCCUUGAGUUUUCGUUUCCGCUUCCAGCGCAACACGCUCACAGGGGUCGCCUUCGGAGGCGAGCUGUCUGCAGCUUCCGCAUCACACAGUAAGCGAUGCCGCCGCGCAAACGCACAGCGCGCUCUUCAAAGAGGAACGCCUCUACGGACGAAAAGAAAGCCACAACAGCUCCAGCGUCGACGACACCUGCAAGAGCCCGUCCCAAUGAUCUGUCAGCCGCCAAAGGGAAAGGAAAGCCUAAAGUCGCCGAUUCCACGCAGGACGCUGCACCUACGGACGUUGGCGACGACAAUGAUUCCAAGUUGAACGGCGGUGUUCCUGUGACGAACGCAGAUGCGAAACCGCCUGCGGGAAGAACACUAUACGACCAUGACAUUUCUUCGGGACCAGGCUCAAAGACAAUAUCCUGCAUCCGCAAUGCUGAGCCGGGAUGCACUCCGGCACCACUGAUUUUCACACACGGCGCGGGCGGAGGCCUUUCUGCGCCGGCUGUAGUGAAUUUUGCGCAGGGUGUCGUGGAUGCGGGAUCGAAUAUUGUCUGUUUCAAAGGGAAUAUGAAUCUUAAGUCACGGACUAGGAUGUUUGGCUCGGUGCUCGAGUAUGAGAAGCAGAAGCAGGAGCAGGACCGCGCGGAGGAGAAACUGGCAUUUGGUGGAAGGAGUAUGGGGGCCAGGGCUGCUGCGCUCGCUGCGCAGGAGGCUGACGAUGUGAAGAUCCUGGUCCUAGUAUCGUAUCCUUUGGUUGGACCGAAUGGGGACGUGAGAGAUCAGAUAUUGCUGGACAUUGGGACGGAUGUGGAUUUCCUGUUUAUUUCAGGGGAUGGGGAUAAUAUGUGUGAUCUGAGGAGGUUGAAGGAGGUCAGGGAAAAGAUGAACGCGAAGAGUUGGAUGGUUUUGGUGGAGGGUGCGGAUCAUGGGAUGCAUCUCCGAGGUGGAGGUGGUAAGAAAAGGACGGAUAUGAUGGGAAAGGAGACAGGAAGGGUUGCUGCAAGGUGGAUUGUUAACAGGGACAAGCAGAAGACCGAGAUGAUUGUGAAGUGGGACAGCAGUAGGGAGGCUGUUGUUGGCAGCGAGAGCUGGGGGAGUGGCGAGCAAGUGGGCGAGCCAGGGGAGAAGGAAGAAGAUGAUGGGAAGACUGGUCAGGCGAAGAAGGGCGUUGGAAAAAGGCCAAGAGAAAAGGUCAGUGCCGAUGAGAGCAAGGAGAUCAAGCCCGCGAGGAAGAGGUUGAGAGGGCGGAAGAAGGCGAGUUGAAAUGUCGGCUCGGUACUCGUAUACAUGUGCCAGUGCUAGGUGAAUCUGCACUGUGUGACAGUCUUCAUCCCACUGUAUAAUAAGGCGCCG